AUAAGCCCCCAUUGGCUAUGCCACCGCAGCAAUCAAACCACUUAACUUGCCCCCCUCCCCGUCGGAAUAAAUCAUCUCCUCGAAAGGCGAGACGGCAACGGAGACUGUUGGCACUUUCUUUCGCCGUUGAUCGAAAUCAUGUUGUCCAUGGACGCUGAAGCAGUGAUUGAGUUUUUGGGCUGCGUCGUGUUGCUACAACGGCUACCGGGCUCGUCUCUUAAGAAGAUCGCAGGAGUUGUCCUAGUCAAACGAUACGAUGGUGGUGAGCAUGUUGUUCGCGAGGGUGAAAGUGGAGAUGGAGUUUACUUUAUUUGGGAAGGACAAGCUGAAGUUGUCGGAUCCAUAGCUGGCGAAGAAGAAAGUCGUCCAGAAUUCCAAUUGACGCGAUAUGAUUACUUUGGUUACAGCACACCUACAUCAGUUCAUCAUGCAAAUGUAAUUGCUUUGUCUAAGCUGACAUGCUUGGUGCUACCUCAUGAGCACUGUAGUUUGCUUCAGACAAGGUCAAUAUGGAGUGCUGAUGACACUCUAGAGACGUGCUCACUUGUGGAGAGUAUAUUACACUUGGAGCCAAUAGAAGUAAACAUAUUCCGGGGGAUCACCUUACCAGAUGCACCGAAGUUUGGAAAGGUUUUCGGAGGGCAACUUGUUGGACAGGCACUCGCUGCUGCAUCAAAAACUGUUGAUUGCCUAAAGGUUGUCCAUAGUUUGCAUACAUAUUUUCUUCUCAUUGGGGAUUUUGACAUGCCGAUUUUAUAUCAAGUUCAUCGACUGCGUGAUGGCAAAAGCUUUGCUACCCGAAGAGUAGAUGCAAUUCAAAGGGGAAACAUCAUAUUCACAUUGCUGGCUUCAUUUCAAAAAGAAGAAGAUGGGUUUGAUCACCAGGAAGCAACAAUGCCUUCUGUACCUCCGCCAGAGAUGCUUUUGUCAAUGGAAGAGCUACGCGAGAGACGGCUGACUGAUCCGCGCCUUCCAAGGACUUAUCGGAACAAGGUGGCCACAUCCAAAUUUGUCCCUUGGCCCAUUGAGAUACGUUUUUGUGAGCCCAACAAUUCAACCAAUCAGACUAAAUCUGCUCCAAGUUUGAGGUUUUGGUUUAGAGCCAAAGGUAAACUCUCAGAUGAUCAGGCCUUGCAUAGAUGUGUUGCAGCAUAUACAUCAGAUUUAAUAUUUCUUAGUGUCAGUUUGAAUCCCCACCGUAGGAAGGGUUUGAAGACGAGCUCUGUUAGUCUAGAUCACUCAAUGUGGUUCCACCGGCCUCUCAGAGCUGAUGACUGGAUAUUAUUUGAGAUCCACAGUCCUACCACCUACAAUGCGCGUGGCUUUGUUUCAGGCAAAAUGUUCAACAGAAAGGGAGAGCUUGUUGUAUCAUUAGUUCAAGAGGGACUAAUCAGGAAGCCUAGAAGUCCAAAUCCACCCGUCAAAUCAAAGCUUUGAAUUGCUUUACAAUAUCAUUCAGAGGAGCAUUAUAGCAACAUCCUGGUGAUUCAUUUACAUGCCAAGAUUUUGCCCCCCAGAGUUUCCUUUUAUAUGCAUUAUUGAAUGGUAAGUUAUAGCAAUUGUAAUAAAAAUGUGAACCUAAGAAGUUCCCCUUGCUAGUUUGGUAGAUCUAUUGUAUACAACCUGUGUGCUGGGUUUCCUCCUCUUCUGGUAUAUUCUAUUUUGCUUAUGAAGUUUGAUGAAAAAAUCUAUGCCAUUGGUGGAUUAGCUUCA